GAAGAUUCGUCUUGAAUCUCUUGAUCGCUUAAGUAAUGUCAGAAGUCAUCCAUUAAUCCGACGGUCAUAAUCAUUUCAUCAAGAGGCUCCUGUAGGGAUCUGAAGUUUCUCCUCGUUCCAGUUGCAGUCAGUGGAACACCUGGCUGGUUGUCCGAACUGUGGAGUUCCAGUUGAACAAUGACUUCAAUCUCUACACCAUCUCAAAACUGACGUUUCCAAUGUCUCUCUGAAGACUUACGAACUCGAAAGUAGCACAGACGAGAGAGAGAGAGGUAGCGACGUUGAAGUCAAAUUUAUCAUGGAGGAAGAGAAUAGCAACACCUUUGAGACGGGAAAAGCAGAGAGAUCGGUGUGGCUGAUGAAGUGUCCUCUCGUCGUCUCUAAGUCCUGGCAGGUUCACGCCUCCGACUCUCACCCCGUUGCCAAGGUCGUUCUCUCCGUUGACCCUCUCCGCCACGGCGACCCUUCUUCUCUCCAGUUCACAAUGGAAUUGGCUGGUACUGAAUCUGCGAAUAUGCCAAAGAGUUAUUCCAUGAAUAUGUUUAAAGACUUCGUUCCAAUGUGUGUUUUUUCUGAGACAAAUCAAGGAAGGGUUGCAAUUGAAGGCAAGGUGGAACAUAAAUUUGAUAUGAAGCUUCAUAAUGAAAAUAUUGAGGAGUAUGGCAAAUUAUGUCGUGAAAGGACAAACAAAUCUAUGAUUAAAACUAGACAAAUACAGGUAAUUGACAAUGAUCGUGGAGUACAUAUGAGGCCAAUGCCUGGGAUGGUUGGCUUAGUGGCAUCUGGUUCUAAGGAUAAGAAGAAAGCGACACCUGUAAAGGGAACAGACAUGAAAAGAACAAGAAGGGAUCGUGGAGAACUGGAGGAUAUUAUGUUUAAGCUCUUUGAAAGGCAACCUAACUGGGCUCUGAAGCAGCUAGUCCAAGAGACGGAUCAACCAGCGCAAUUCUUGAAAGAGAUAUUGAAUGAAUUGUGUGUCUACAAUAAGAGGGGAACAAACCAAGGAACUUAUGAGCUUAAGCCGGAAUAUAAGAAAUCUGCCGAGGAUGCUGAUGCUGAAUAAAUUAUACAUUCUCUUUACUGUAUAUCAGAUUGUUAAGUCAUUUUCAUAAGCAUUCUGCAUCAAGUUCAUACUGAAGCAACACCUCUGCUUCAACUGAGAUCCAUGACAAAAUAAUGAUCCCAGUUAUAGACAAGGAAGGUGUUCAAUUCAAUGUAAUAUAACGACAUACAAGAGGUCUAUAGGAUCAAAUUUUAUAAAGACGUAUCAAAACCAGUUUUAGCUCUGUUCUCAUAGCCUGACAAGAGCAUUAAACUUGAAACAUGUAUUUUUAUCAAAUGAAGAACUUUUAAAUGUGCUUC